AUGUCUACUCAAGAGGAUUUGCUGAAGCGUCUGGAAGCUGUGACCGUCCGGCUCGAAGCAAUUUCAGGACAAAAACCUGCCUUGGCACCAAAACCAACCAAUCUGGGAGGACCGAGUCCUCCUAGACCAUUCAACAAGUUUCCACGUGGCUAUAGACCGGUCACCGAUAGCACCCAAGAUCUGCGAGGAAGCUUCGGAGGCGGGUUGCGUCCGUCCAGCAGUUGGUCGUCGUUCCCCCAACAACUUGUCAGUGACCAGCGGUCAGCGACUCUUCCACAUUUUCCAUCUUCAUGCGUAUCACCUAUCUCCCCAUUAUCACCAGUUGACAACCGCACUACUAAUUAUUGGUCCACCGUCGACGAGCCACCAAGAUCUCGUCGUCCGAUUCGCUCGGAAAGCAAUUCAACAGUAUUUGAUAAUCACUUUUCUCCACGAGAGCUCUCUCCGUUAUCAGUUGCUAGUGAAUACUGUAAUAAUCCAUCGUCGCAGCCAGUAAGUAUGUUUGGCCAUAGGAGUGUGCAGAGCCCAGUACCCGCUACUUAUCAAGAACCGCUUCCAAGAAGUUAUGAUAAUGUUCCAAGAUCUUACGAGCAUCAAACUCAUACACUGCCCUCUCAACGGGAAACCGAUUUUUUGCGAAAUCUUCAACGCCAGAAAACUGAAGCUCAGAAUAUGUCAUCCAGCUGGUACGCAGGCGAUACCAGUUCACGUCAAAUGGAAUAUAAUGCUUAUCCGACUCAACAACAACACCAAAUCCAAAACCCUCCAUCUAAUCACCAACCAAGACGAUUAGCCAAAACGCAGUCGGAUCUAUCUUUCGAUUCCCUCAACAACACUUAUUUCAAUAACUCACCAAUCACUCCUCCCAGCAGCAACGGUGGCAUUCUACACAACUCUAUCAAUAACUUCACUGCAAAUAGCAACGGAAACCAGCCUCAUCGGUUGAACGGUUUCUUCCAAAACCGAGUAAUCGAACCGAACUGGAUGACUGACCCACCACCGCCAAAAUCUUUCCGCGAAGACUACAUAAUUCGAAAUGUUCCGUUGAAGAGUUCUGUGAAUUCCUCUGAUUUUGAGCGAUUCCGAUUAGAGCCGACGUUCCGUGAGCCAACUCGAGCCAAUUCUGUUGUCAAUGAAACUGUGCCUCCGAAUUUCCGAAGCUAUCAUCGAGAUGGCUAUCAGCAACAGAAACAGCAGCAGCCCAGCCAGCCUCUUCCUCCUCCUGUCCAACCCGUUCAACCUGACCCUCGCUAUCAAAAAACGUACCGCGAACCGAGCCCCGUCCGCUCCCCACCUAUCAUCUCUUAUGCCCAUCAGCAUGGCCCGUUCUCAUUCCCAAACCCCAUCAAUCAAAUCAACUACAACAGCCAUGAAGAGAGUCGGGGAGCCGGAGGAGGCAGCAGUGGGUACCAACGGGGCCCGGCGCAAGGGUCAACAGAUCAAGUCUACCAGAAUGUUCCAUUGUCAGCAGCAGUUGCUUAUCGAGAAAAAGAUAACAGUGAAGCUAACCAGUCGAAUCGAAACUCUGCAAUCUACUCUAAUGAACCAAUACGGCUAACCAAUGAUCGUGUACUUCGCAUCCAUCCUAAUCAACAGGAACAAGAUCUCUAUCAUCAACCGGAGGAAUCACAUUUUUCUCCACCCCUUCAAACCCAACGUGCUCGCAUUCAAUCUCCUCUCCGUGAUUUCGCAAGACUCACUUCUCCUAUCCGUGAGGUGGCUCCUGUUCAGCCUAUUCAGCCAUUCACUACCGCUCAAGAUAGAAUAUUCAGCCCAGUAGAGUCAAAAGUGUACAACCGCUCGGGUCCAACUGUGAUCAAUGGCUUCACCAGUAACCGUCAUACCUAUAAUAGUCACACAGAUGACUAUGACGCCAGGACCCGACGUGACUCGUCGCAACCGCCAGUGGCUGUAAUUGAACCCAAUGUGAAUGUGCACAUGCCAUCAGACCCAAUACCGUAUAACAAACCCCACUUUGGGCAUGGACACCCACACGGAAACGGUCACAAUGUGCACCCAGUGAAACCUACUUCUCACUACACGAACCCCAAUUUUUCACCAAGUUCUAACUACGAUAACGACAACGACAGCGAUUUGGAUAUUGAGGAAAUGGCCAGACGGGCGCUUCCGAAAUAUCUUCGUGAUAACGAAACGGGACGACAUCAUAACCGCAACUUUUACGGUGACAAUUUACACGGGAUUCUCAUCAAAAACCCAUCACUUCACCGGAGUUCAUCGAAAAAGGUUGUCUUCAUUGAUCAGGAUAAAGCAUCCGCUGCUGCGUCUGCCGCAGGAUCCGGAGAAAUUCCAGCUCAUGUUCGGGCCUACGAUGAUGCCGUCGAGGAGCCGCUCAACAACUGGGCCAAGCUCACUGAUCAAAUCGGAGGGGAUCUAGCCGCUGUGAAGCCAAAGGUCCUUGCCAUUUUCGAUAGCGCUCGUAAUUAUUUGUGGACCGCUGCUGGAAAAGCUCAACCAUCCGACGAGGAGGCUCAGAAGAUGCUCGCCCCUGUCAUUGGUCUCCUUGGGGAGAUUAACAACUUCAAGGACUCCAAACGCAACAAGACUACCCAAUGGAAUCAUCUCAACUCGAUUUCAGAAGCUCUCCCAGCUCUUGGAUGGGUUGUUGUGAAGAAAACUCCAGCUCCACAUGUCAAGGAUUACAUCGAGGCUGCGCAAUUCUACAUCAACCCAAUUCUUCGCGAGUUCAAGGACACCAAUCCACUUCAUGUGGAAUGGACCAAGGCCUGGAAGUCGAUUUUCGAAGAAAUGCAAAAGUUUGUCCGUCAAGUCCAUACCACCGGACUUGUGUGGAACAGUGCCCCUGGAGCUGUUCCUGAUGGUGCCUCGUCUGCUCCAUCAGCCGCUCCAGUCGCCGCACCGAAGGCACCAGGAGGCCCAGGAGGGCCACCACCACCACCUCCACCACCACCGGCUGACUUCCUCGCCAGCAUUGCUCCGCCACCAGUUGAUACUGACAAAUCGAACCGUGAUGCACUUUUCGCUCAGUUGAACCAAGGAGAGGGUGUUACCUCGAGAUUAAAGAAGGUCACCGCUGACAUGCAGACUCAUAAGAAUCCAAACCUUCGUGGAACUGCUGCUGUUCCAGCUACUGGACAACAAGGUGGCGCUUCCCCAGCCAAGGCUGUUGCUGCUCCAGUCAAGAAGCCACCACACAAGGAGUUGGAGAACGGAAAGCAAUGGAUUGUGGAAUACUUCGUCAACGACCGAAACAUCGUCAUCGACGUUGCCGACAAAAAGCAAACCGUCUACAUCUACCGCUGUGAGAAUUCCGUCAUCAAGGUCAACGGAAAGGCCAACUCAAUCACUUUGGAUGGAUGCAAGAAGACUUCUGUUGUCUUUGACGCGUUGGUUGCUCAGUGCGAGACUGUCAACUGUCAAUCCGUGCAGAUUCAGACCCUCGGCGAGCUUCCAACUCUUUCGAUUCAAAAAACCGACGGGUGCCAAGUCUUCCUCUCCAAGGUUGCCCAGGCAUGUGAAAUUGUUACUUCCAAAUCCAGCGAGAUGAACAUCUCCGUGCAAACCACCGAUGAUGGGGAAUAUGUAAGCUGUUUUAGGAUUUUUCAGAUACCAAGAACAAUAUUGAAUUUCCAGUCCGAAUUCCCAGUCCCGGAGCAGUUCAAAACUACGUUCGUCAAUGGAAAACUGGUCACCGUCGUCUCGGACAUUGUCUAA